AUGAGUUCAACUCCUGAUGGACUGGAAGAUCCCUGGACUCGUUGCUUGAGUGAAUCAGUGAAAGAGGAAUCAGUGAUGGGAUUAUUUUCAGAUUUCAAUAAGGGCAAUUUUCCGCCACCACCGACAGAGUUACCAUCAUUUUACAUGCAGCAAAAAGAAACAAUAUUUAUUCCACCAGUACCACCACAAUUACAUCCGCCAUUAGAGCCACUUGCAACAACUCUUCCUUGCACCAUGACAAAUUCCGGAAUAUCAUCAAUCACAUUUCCACCUCUUCCUCCGUCUUCCUUCCCUCCUCCGCCCUCUACCCCUACACUGCCAUCGAUGCAGCUCUCGGUAUCAUCAGCACUGGUAGUAUCACCAACUCCAUCCGUCUCUCUUACUUCAUCUUCUGCGAUUCCUGUUGUGGAACAAUCUCCGAUGGCAGUCUCACCAGAGAUUCAUGCUGUUACUGCAGAUGUACCGAUAAUUGUUCACCAAACAGUAUCUUCAACAGCAUUACCGCCACCGAUGGUCUCAUUACCUACGCAAAUGAUGAUUCCAAUGAAUGCACAGGAAACGGAACAAACGAUAUCAGAAAUAAAUGAUGAAUCGAAAGGAAUAGGCGUACUGCAUUGGUUUCAACAAACUGUGCAGCAAUCGGAAUUUUUAUCUAAAAUGGCUAACAAAGCUAAGAUGGGAAUGGAUUCGGUAUUGACAGUACUAGAUCCGGGAAUGCGAGAUUUUCUGAAUGGUAGCGAUGUGCUGCAUGCAACCAUACUAUGCUAUGCUAGUAAUCAGAUUGUCGAUGCUGUAAAGCAUGGCAUACGUCAGACAUUUAGUGAAAUAAUAUUUAACGAAAUACCUGCAGAAACAGAACUUUCUACUAAUAUUCAGAUUGUUGGAUAUAAUUCAGCUUGGAAGAAAGUAAAGGAAUGUCUGGCCAAUUUACGAAACAAUAAUACUGCCGGCCCAGAAACAACUGUAUUCAUUGUACAGCCAUUUUUAUAUCAAGUCGAUCAUUGUUGGUUUGAUACUGCUCUAUUACUGGCUCAGAAAGGAGACAUUGAAGUUAGUGUAUUUAUACAAGCAACACAGGUUGAUGCUGAUGUAAUUGCUACACUUCAGAAACAUACACCAAAAGAAUAUGCAAAUGAUGCAUUUGCCACAACAGUUGGUUAUGCAUAUGCAGAAAUAUAUGGUGGUAAUCCGGACGACUGGCAAAGAACUCUUCUUUCAUUUUCUUCUACUGAACUCUAUCGAGCAGCAUCCAUUGCGCUUGCAGCAAACUUGAAACGGAUUCUAUCGAUGAAGAAUUCCUCGAGAUCCCAAUAA